UGAUCGUCCUUGGAUUGCAUUGGUCUGGAGAUCUGGAGAAUAUGGUAUCACUCAAAGCUCUGUUUAGAUACUAGGCGCUGUGCAAAGAGUCAGCUACUCCAGUAAAUGGUCUGAUCGCAGGACAGCGUGGCAGGUUCCAGAGUCGAUUCUCUCCAAACUGCUCCUGGCAGGCCAUUGUGUCACUGCUACAUGUCAUGCAGCUAAGCAAACCUGGCAUGUGGACUUGGAAGAGCUUCUUGCUCUGUACUACAAUGCGAGCGAGCUUUUGAGAACAUGGCUCUGUACUUGAGCCAUGUUUAGGAUGCAAGAAGAUGUUGAACAUAGCGAGGCCCUCCAAGAGGUCAAUGGAGAUAUGAGCACAAGUGCAGCGGUGGAUCCCAAGCCACCUCGACAGCCAAAGUUUCCGACGCACAACUCGCCGCGCGUGUGGUUCCUGACCAGCGCAAACUCGCCCAUCGGCAUCUCGUUGGCGCGCCAUCUCCUCGACCAUGGAGACUACAUUGUCGCCGGCGUGCCUCCGCUAGAGUUUGAAAAGAACGGCGAACAGUCGACACACUUCCGCGAGUUCCUGGAAGAGGUCAAAGAGCAGGAGACAUGGUCAGGCCGACUGAGGGUCGUGGGAGUCGACGUGCGCAUCAUGGGCCAGUGCCAGAGCGCCAUCGCAGAGGCCGUACACAGCUUCGGUCGCAUCGACAUAUUGUUCUGCUGCACUUCAGAGACGCUGGUCGGCACCGUCGAGGAACUUUCACAGACAACGCGUACCCACUCCCUCAUAAGAGACCAGUUCGAGACAAACUUCUUCGGCCCCGUCAAUGUCAUCAAGUCCAUCCUGCCCACCUUCCGCACCAAGAGAAAUGGCCAUAUUGUUAUGCUAUCCAAUCUCUCAGGCCACAUGGGUACACCAGGCAUGUCCGUCUAUUGCGCCAGUCAAUGGGCCAUUGAAGGCUAUUGCGACAGCCUGGCCUACGAGGUCGCGCCCUUCAAUAUCAAGAUGACCAUUAUCCAGCCCAACAUGGAAAUUGCUGUUCUGACCAACCGUAUCACUGCUGCUCCUCCCAUGCCUGCCUAUGCCGCAGAUCACAAUCCAGCCCCCCUAUUCCGCGAUAUUCUAGCAGGCAUGCUUGAUCGUCUUGAAGGCUCCGAUGAACCCACAACCGGUGAUCAGCUUCAGUCUGAUACCAUCAACACCAUCUACGCACCCCUGACCAAGGGUAUGAAAGAGACAUUGGUCGCUGAAACGGUACAUGCUGUUGCCGCCAUCGGAGGCCAUGACAACCCACCUGCUCGGCACAUUGUCGGUCUUGAAGGCACUGCGACAGUCAAGGAGAAGCUCAAGACUGUCAGCGAAGAGCUCGAAGAUUUUGUCGCGAGCAGCGCUGCCGUCGAUAUUGUCAAGAACGAAGACCCCAACCUUCAGCAGGCUCACAAUACCUGAGCUUGAAUCUCAGCCGUACCUGCAAACAGUGGUACAUCGAUCGGGACAACAUGAUUAUAUCCGACAUGGAUGAAACUACCCCACGCCCCAUGGGUCUUCUGCCGUAUACAGUCACUUCACCCGACAUUUGUGGCUGCCAUAGAGCGAGACGUUGAGCGCCUACUCCCAUCGCAAGCACAGU